AUGUACUCCAGGGAUGAAACAGUCCAAGCAAUCUUGUCUUUCUACACAGAACUCCUAAAACAACCAUGCAUAUCCAACUCUCAUCUCGCCAUAGCCCCACCUUCAGGCUGGAACAUAAACGAGCAAGAGAUACGAGCAAGCGGCAAAAACGACACAGUGAUUGAUUUGUUACGCCAUCUGCCAUAUCUUGAAGGCAGCAGAUACGAUGGACCGUUCGUGAACUACGAGACCCAGAGCGUAGAUUACACUGCCCAGUCGAUCACGAGUAGUGAACAAGCAUACCGACUACCUGGUCAUUGUGUCUAUCUCACACAGGGAGAGGGACGAGAGGGAUAUAGCAUAAUUCUUGAUACGGAGAGAGGCACAACAACAGCUUGGAGCGUCAUGGGAUACGAACUCCUCCACUCCAACUACUCGUACGAAGCCUCACUUCCAGAGAGCGAUAAAUGGCGUGCGCAUCGGACCCUACCUACUGCAGAUUUCUUCGCUGCAUGGACAUUGCGAUACCAGAAGUUGGUUUGGUUCUUAUCUCCGAGUGCUUCUUCUCGCUCGACAGGAACUUUCUACAGUAGAGCAGAGCAAUUGUUCGAAGAAGACGAGUUAUGCCACCAACCAUUGACAGAAUGGCAUCCUGAUCUGUCAGAAAUGAAGAAGAUUGAAGAUUUUGAUCCAGAAGACUUGGACAAUGAAGUUAAUGAAUACAGCAGGUUGUUAAGGAUUAAACAUAAAGCGGAUAUCUACAACACCAUUCUAAGAUAUGGUUGGGGAAGUGAAGACUUUGAGAAAGAGGCUUGUAUGGCUGUACUGUUAAUGAUGGAGAAACAGUAUGAUAAGGAAGAGAAACGUCUGAUGGAUAUGGUCAAUCCUGAUGCCCACCUCUUUGAUGAUUAA